AUUAAUAAUAUAAUAAGCUAAUUUUUCUAUUCUACUUUUCAUUAAAAAAGCUAGAUAUAUAUUUUAUAUAUAUUUCUUUUCUCUAGAGAUACAUAUGCAUGCAAAUAUGUAAUAUAAAUUAUCAAUUUAUAUUUAUUUUUAAUAUAUACCGUUUUUUGUGUACUUUGCAAGUCUUAUUAUAGAUUCUAUAGUAAUUUCUAUUCUCAUAAUUACAUCAUGUAAAAUCUACAAGAGAGCGCUGUCGCUGAUUAUAUUAUUAAACAUUCAAUAUUCUCGGCUAUAUACCCAGUGACCGAUUAUAAGCGAACUUUGUUUCUUGAGACUAUGAAAGGUAGAAAAAUGGAUCACCACGUAUCGCAUUUGCGUAUACCGUAUUAUUAUUCAAUUUCCUCUGGCCCUCCGUUCUAUAUUUUAAGCCACGUAUAUUAUUCUGCGGCGGAGUCACGUGGCUGUGCGUCAGGGCCAACUAAUCAAUGGAUAAGCAUCGACCACCGCACCGGACGAGGACGAGGCUAGUAUUGGUGAUUCAGUUGUGCCACGGGGGUGCACUCGCUCGGUGGUGGCAACCCUUCUGUUUUAUUCUCUCUGAACAGUCAAGUAGGAUACGAUGCUGAGCUCGACUUCGCCGAUCGAUCGUCCCAGUCUGCAUCCUGGUACCAGAUACCUCAUCGCGCCGCGAGUACCCCACGGACUCGCGUCCGUAGUCGAGGGUCUUACUAGGGAGGUCCUGCGUCAUCAUCCUGAGGACAUAUAUGUAUUCGCGGCGCAUCAUUUCGAGAAGCUGCUGAAAUUGCGGGAACAGUAUCACGCCGAAGAAUAUAGUGGUCGCGAAUUCGACCAUGAAUUCGGUUGCGAGUUCAGACUAUGGCCCACCAAAAAGGCUAAAGAUAUCGGAAGAUCUUCAAAUAGUGAUUGGUCCUUGGAGAAAAAAAUCGAGAUCUUUGAGAGAACGGGAAAGGAGAGACGCGGAAAGGUGUCUACCGACGUGGAAGAGAGCACGGAUGUUUCUACCGAUAGAGAGAAUCGGAAAACAUCGAAGCAAACUUGUUCGAGAAGUCUCUCGAUGACUACGAAAAAAACCUCGAAAAAAUCGAAGGACAACGAGACGACAUCGGAUAUUCGCGCGACGAGAAUCAUCUCGCAAAUGUCUGCUCUUCACGGCAAAAAUAUCCAGACUAAGGAUAUUAAACAGGAACUCAGAAGAAACAAAUUAAGCGGCGAGAAAGCGAAAAGGACCGACGAUACGGAGAAAGGGAUUCGAAAUGAGAGACGAUCUAAAAUGAAGAUUUCUAAGACAAAUAAGGAUCCCGAAGAGGAGGUCGAACGUGCUACGACGACGACGACGAGCUCGAGUAGAACCUCCGCUCGGAGACCCUUGAGGAAAGUGCGGCAAAUAGAGACUGAGUCCGAGACCGAGACGGAGCGUGAAACGAUGACCAAGACUGGACGUGAAAAUAGAUACGAGAGAUUGAACAUGAAGAACAACGGUGCGAGCAACAAAACUACCGCUCGGACCGGAAGCAGGGAGAACAGGCCGAAAUCGCGAUUCUCCGAACAUUCCUCUGAGAGGAAAGUGUCGUCGAGAGCGCUCAGCAUGGACCGUAUCCGGGCGUAUGUAUUACGCAAAUUCGCGAGCACUGCGAGUCUGGAAGUAUUGCGGUCGCCUACGUAUGUGGAACAGGUGCAGGAGGUGAUCGAUCGCGCGGCGCCAAUCAUUAAAGAGAAGUUGGAAGAGGUCAGGGGACCGCGGGGAAAGCGUUCGAAAUCAGUUGAUCUCGCCUGGAACAAGGAUUCCUUUCGUCAGCGCAUUCGAGAUGGAAAAAAAUAUCGCGAUUAUGAAAAAGAAGAGGAAAGCAAAAGAAAAACUGGAAACGAAUUGCCGGAGCGAAAAGUUGACAUUAUUAAAAAGGAAGAGACGGAAAACUCUCUCUCGGGAGACGAAACGAUUUCGAAUGUGGAAACGGAGGAAAAGAAAUCGAGGAGACGCAGCGUGGGAUCGGGCAAAAAAACGAGAAGACGCGAGAACGGCGGCCACGGUGAUAUCGGGGUCAUGGAUCAAGUCGGCAGCAAGCACAAUGAUAAAUUGGAAUAUGAAUCCGGUGCGACACGUGAUACCUUGGAAGCGAAACUGACCGCCACGCAGAACAUUUUGGAAGAUAUCUCAAAGUCCACAUACGACUUGGGCGGCAUUCGCAAGAACGAUCCUGCGGGAGGUGAGCUGCCGGAAUCAGAGGUCUCCGAUCACGCUAACAUUGUCUCCCUGCCAAGCGUAAGACCGCCGUCCUCUAGAAAUUCCAGGAGCGCCACUAAAAACGGUUCGGAUAAUCUGACUCUGCCGCCUAUCUCUCCGGAAGCUCCCAAGUCGAUGAAGAAAAAGGACGAGCUGUCCUUACCGGUUUUGUCAGUGGUGGCUAACGGCAACCAUUCCGGUAGAAAAUCACAGGAUGCCGAGGAAGCCUCAACAAUGCAUGACAUUACGAAUGACAUAGAAGAUAUAGAGAUCAUUCCUAAAGACGAUUAUGAAGAAGUGAUUGUAGAUGUAAAACAGGACUCCAAUAGUAAUCUAAUAUCGAGCCUAGUGUCAGACGAGAGAUUUAACGAUGCAGAAAAACGUGAAAAAGACGAAGAUAUGAACGAUGUUCUUCUGGAAAAUAAUCCGGAGCAAUUUACUGAAAAACGUGGAAGUCUCGAGGAAUUUGAGGAAUUGGAAAGAAAGAAAAUGGAAGAAAUCUUCAAAGACAGUUUAAACGUUACGCCAGAAGUGGUAAAUGUGUCACCGAGGCCGGAUUCGCUAGAAUCCGACGAGGAAAAGAGGCUUCAAAACGACGACGUGGAUUUUGCGCGAGUCAACACGUUCGACAGGUUGAAGGAUAAGUUGAUCGAGAUCGAGAUGGCAGAACGAAAUAUCGAGAUAGCAUUGGCUGGCCAACAACUCGCGAUGCAUGACGGUGGCGAAGAAACGAGCCAAAUGGUAAAGUCGAUGAUUGACGGGAAGAUAAAUGACGUAGGAAAGUCGACUAAUAAAGUAGGAGAGACUGUGAGUGAGGUAGAAAAGUCGGCGGAUGCGGAAAAAAUAUCGAUAAAUAAAGACGAUGAAGGAAAAGAAAGAAAUGACGACGAAGAGGAAAAAAAUGUGACAAAUGAAAUAGCAAAAGUAAAAAAUGUAAUAGAAAUAUCGAUGAAUCAAAAAGAAAAUUUAUCGAAUAAAACAGAAAAAUCGAAGGCUGAAGAGAAAAUAGAGAGAUCAUCGAAUGAAAUGGAAAAUACGACAAAUGAAGCAGAAACAUCAGUAAAUGAGAUUGAAAAAUCAACAAACAAAAUGAAUGAAGCAGAAAUAUUAAAGAAUGAAAUAGAAAUGACGACAAACCAUAUGGAAAUAUUAACAAAAGCAGCAGAAGAGGCAAUCAAAGUACCUGAAGACGAACAAUCAAUGGAUAAAACUGAAAGAUUGAUGAAUGAGAAGUUGCCUAUUGAUGUGGAAAAAUUAACAGUUAAGAUUCAUAUUGAGAAUGUACAAUCUAUAAAUCCAAAAUUACAAAACAAAAAUGAUCAGAUUACUCAAGUAGCUAUUUGUGAAACAGACGAUGAUAAUGUAACGGCGUCCAAGAAUAAAGCUGACAAUACAGUAAAUGAAUUUUCCAAGAUUACAGUUUGCGGAAAUGCUGCGAACGAAAGCGAAAUCUCAGCAAUAAAUCUUCCGGAUGAGAAUACUAGGACAAAAGAGCGAAAAAAACGCGAAAUCGACAAGUUACCAGCAGCGACGUCACUCUCUUUGGAACUUCCGUUUUCAUACGUUCUGAGCGAGGGUUCUCCCUGCGAGAUCCCCGAUUCCGUGACAACCGUGAUUAUUCCAGACAGACACUGCACGUCUCCCGUGACUCUAGAGGACGAGAAUUAUCAGUUUGGAUUGACGAGUCAAAAAGAAGAAUCAUUUAUCCCCUCCAAUAUCGCUAAAAAGAGCGAAACACAGGAAAAUGAACACGGCAUGGAAAUUUUCGGUGAAUAUAUCCGACCGGAAGCCUCUGUUUUGCCUAUAGAUAUCGAUUUCGUGCAUGGUACGAAAGGGAUAAAAUCGAGUCAGAUAGUAGUCGCUCAUCAGGACUUGGACAGGAUCAAAGAAGAAGGUGAAGAAGAAGAGAAAAAAGACGCUGAAAAAGGAGAGAUAGAGAGCCCUCGAGAGCAGAAAGAUGAUAAACAGCCGGUUAUACAUGAAGAAGUAACGAAACUUGCGAUUCUGGAAGACAUCGUGGAACAUGAGGAGAAUGAAGCAACUAACGCGAAAAUGACUUUCAAAUCCAAGGAUGCUGAGGAGAUUUUCUCCGAAGUUCCCGAGUAUGAAUCUUUGCCUGAUAUCGUAGGAUUAAUGGCAGAUACUGGCUUGACAGACGAAGAGAACAUAAAUCUCAUGGUAGAGUCUCAGAACACGAUAGAGAACUCAUCGGAAGAGAACGGAAGCACGCAGGACACCCGCACAAUUACAUCGAGUGACGUGAAAGAAAGUACUGCGAGCAAUCGUUCCAUCGAGAGUCCGAGUCUGGAUAGACCAGUAGUGCCAGAGUUGAACCUUGACUCUCUUCAAGAUAACACGGUAUCGUCCUUCAAAAUGACGGCGAAUGGAACAGUGACGAAAGAGGACAACGAUAGUCCUAGGGAGAGCGACACCACGACGUCGUUAAUCGAGCCAUUGAUUUCAGAUGAGAGAUUGAUGAACCAGCAGGCUUUAGCUGAUCGCGAAGAAAAUGUUGCUGAAGAGCUCACGGAAAGUUUAUCGAGACAUCUGCAGUCGGAAGUUCCAGAGACCGAUCAAUUAUAUCGAGCGGAACAUGCGGAAUAUGAAUGGCUGGAGAAGGAUCUGUUGUCUCUGGAAACCAAUUUAGAGGACGAAGUAAAAUCUCAGGAAAACAGUAUGGUUUUACCGGAAGAUGUUGUUCUAAUUGGCCCGCUUUUACGAGACGAGGAGAUGAAAAAGAAAUUAGAAAAUGAGGAAGAGAUUGCGAGAGAAUUGAUAGGCUCGCUAGAAGAGGAUAUGCAACUUUACGCUAAAGACUUAAUGUUAGAAGAGAAGUCUAAAGAUAGUGGAGAACCUGAGAAAAGCAAUUCAAGUGUGAAUGACAAAUCUAAUCGCUCUUUGUCGGAAUCUGUUGAUGAACAGGAAAAAAGGGAAUGUGAAAUUUCUUCAGAGGAAAUUCAAACUUUAGAUAAAGAUGCAAAGGCUGAAGUAAUUAAUGAAUUAUCUAGCCAGAUGGCGGAUAUUAAACAAGAUCACAAAGAUAAGAACACUGUAAUAAUAGGCAAUGAACUUGAAGAACUUAAAUUGGAAGUGGAAGAGAAAGAUUGUGUAGAAAUUAGGCACGUUGCGCCUUUAGCACAAUUUGAGCAGGACGAAUUACUAGAAUUUAAUGGUGCACAAACAAUAGAAAAGAAUGAAGAGAAGAUUACAGUCGAAAGUAAGCUUGAUAUUAUUGAUACAGUUUCUUUCAAUAAUAAAGAAAAUCUUGAAGACAAGCAAACAAGCGUUGCAGAAGUUAUAGAGAACCAAAGCAACGAAAGUACGAAUAAGGAUGAGGAGAAGAUUACAGUCGAAACUAAGCUUGAUAUUAUUGAUACGGCUUCUACCAAUGAUAAGGAAAAUCUUGAAGACAAGCAAACAAGCGUUGAAGAAGUUAUAGAGAGUCAAAGCAACGAAAGUACGAAUAAAAUUGAAGAAUUACAUAAACAACGAAAAGAAAGUGAAGAAAAUAUAAAAGAUGGAAAGAUAGAGAAGGAUGAGGAGAAGAUUACAAUCGAAAGUAAGCUUGAUAUUAUUGAUAUGGUUUCUACUAAUAAUCAGGAAAAUCUUGAAGACAAGCAAACAAGCGUUGAAGAAGUUAUAGAGAGCCAAAAUAACGAAAGUACAAAUAAAAUUGAAGAAUUACAUGAACAACAAAAAAAAAGUGAAGAAAACAUACAAAAUAAAGAAGAAUGUGAGAAAGAGAAAUUGAAAAUUGAAGAAAAACGAGAACAAAAAGAAAUAGAAAUAGAUGAAGAAUGCCAGCAAGAGAAAUCGGAGAAAUACACGCAAGAAGAUCUAAAAAUCCAAGAAAAAGAUGAUUACGAAAAUUUACAAUUACAGGAAAAAAUUGUGGAUAUGAAAACAGUGCCUUUGGAAACAAUAGAAUCAAGAAAAGGCUUGAUGAACGAAUCGACGAAUGACGAUGAUGACCAUGGAGAGACUAACGAUAAGCUAAUUACUUGUGACGAAUUCGUUACUGACGAUAGUAUAGAAAAAGAUGUGAAAAAUAACGAGAUAGAAAAACAUAAAGAUCUUUCAACAAAGAUAGAGGAUGUUCACAAGCCAAUUGCAAGUGUAAUAUCGGAACAAUCGACGAAAGAUCAUUUUCAUGGUGGAUAUUGGAUUACGGAAACAAAAUCAUCGACCGUGGAGACAGUGAUUGAAACUUCUGAUCUUAAUGCGAAUAUAGACGAGGGGAUAGAGCCUGCUGCUGAUGUGCCAGAAAUUAUCAAAGAUGAAUCGCUUAUUCAGAAAAAAGAUGAUUUUUAUUUAGCAGUUGUGAAAAUCCAAGCUUGUUUCCGAGGAUUUUUAACGCGUCGUCGUAUGAAAGAAGAUGUAAACUCGAAAUCUGUUUCGAAUAACGUUUCUUCGGUACAGAAAACAGAUACAAAGGAUCAUUUAACGGUGCCGCAUCCUUCAAGUUUGCGAGAAGCCAGAACUGGAAGGCAACGUCUUCGACGAGAGGAAGCUCUACGAAAUACUACUCUCUCAUUGGAGAAUGCUUUCGCUACAGGUAGACUUCAACAUACUGGCGAGUUUCAUGAUUCCGUGCCGUUGCCUCUUUUCGAUUCAAUAUACCGUAAGGCUAAUUCAACGACGGACGAAUUUUUGAAUAAAACGAUUCAGGAGGAUGUAGAACAAACUAAUCAAUCUGAUACUGCAGAAUCUAAUGCCAACAAGAGCGAUUCCGUUCACGAUGACGAACACGGAGGGAGUUUUGAGAAAGGCAACGUCUUCACCGAUCAUUCGACUUUUCCAAUCGUGAUGCAUCUCCUAGCGGAUGCAUCUCGUAAUUGCCGCUUUACGGUCAAUCAGAACUCCCAUUCUGAUUUUGAUGCAAACGCAGGAGGAGCGAAACCUAAGGAACCGACACUGACGGAUAUCUUGAUGCUGGGUUAUCCGAGAGACGAUGAGAAUCGAUACUUAAAUUUCAUAACCAGCGUGGAGGAUCUGGGCUCCAACAUGGAUUCCUUGUCUCUAGACGACACAAUAAAGAGCUCGAAAAACGCCGACGCUCAUCCUUCGACUACUUCCGGCGAGGGUAGCCUCAGGGAACCUCUGGCUCUUCCGGGCACCCCUCAGGGUGUCGUGAUCGAGGAGGUGACUAGUCUGAACGCUGAACUUGUCCCAUCGGAGUCCGCGACAAAAUCGUCGACCGCGUCGAAAACCUCGCUAGAUACAAAUAGCUUGGUGCCAUCGGAGGAAUGUACCCUCGAGGACGAAAAGAAAGAUUUAGGAACGUUGCCAGAGAUCAUGAAGGAAAUGGGAGACCGGAAACAUAUGGAUGGAGGGACUGAAAGACAAAAGUCUGAUUGCAACCUCGAGAGCAUUCCAGAAAACGGUUCGCAUAGUGAGGAUGUGAAAAAAGAAUCUAGCGAAGUCUCUUGCGACAAUCACGAGCGCGUGGAAGAAGAGAAGAAUGAAAAGACGUGAUUUAUAAAUAUAUAAAGAUAUAUGGAGUGAAUCGAAGCACGGCACGAUUAGUUCCUUCGAUUAAGAUCGUCGCUUGUGUGUGUGUGUGUGAGAUAAUAAUUAUCGCGAUACUUUCACUCUGCAUGCAUUUUAGGAUAAUUUUGCAAGGAGACAUUAUUGUUCCACAUUAUUCUUAACUUCUAUGAUUUAGAAUCUCUAAUUUUUAUAUAUUAUAAUUAUUAUAAUUUAUAUAGAUAUAGGAAUAAUAUGAGUAGAGACUAUUUCUCAGGAAUAGUUUAAUUUAAAGUAUACAUUAUAUAUGCCGUGCAAUUACCAAUAUACGUAUAGAAGAUACAAUGAGUUCUAGAUUUGCAAUUGUACUACACAAUACAAGCGAACGAUCUCUUCCCACUUUUACUACGUACAUAGUUCGGAGAUAUACAUAUAUCUUUAUAAAUGCUGCACAGAGCAGUAAUAAAUUGUAUGAUAAAUUA